AUGAUCCCGCCGCAGUCGCCGCGUCUGCCUCCACCACCAGACACUCCCGCACCCGAGCAGCGCCUGGAAAUGGACGAAGAAAAGAACCUCGCGAUGAACCCACGCACGUCGAGACGGAACAGGGUCAUAGCCGUCGCCUUCGCCGUCGGCCUCACCCUGUUCCUCCUCUUCUCCGUCCGCCCCUUCGCCUCCUCGCCGCCGCCGUCGCGCGGCGGCUCUCUGCUGCCGGUGCAGGACGCCCUCGACAGGCCCUCCGCGCCCGCGCCCGCGCCCGGCCUGGACAAGGUCGCGGCCAGCAGGGACCUGGUCCCCCUCGAGGCGCACAUCAUGAGCAAAUGUCCCGACGCAAGGGACUGCCUUCGCGACAUGAUUCUGCCGACCAUGAUGCGUGUCCAGGACAAGGUCAACUUUACUCUUUCCUUCAUCGGGACGCCCACGGAGAAUGACGGAGUCGAGUGCAGGCACGGUCCUGCCGAGUGUAUGGGAAACAUCCUCGAGCUGUGCGCGGCCAAGCUGUACCCAGAUCCCAAGACGAGUCUCGGCUUCACCAUGUGCAUCACCCGCCGGUACAGGGAGAUCCCCGACCGAGCCCUGAUCGAAGAUUGCGCGCUGGAACACGCGAUCGAUAUCAAGAAGCUCAACGACUGCGCCGCAAAGGACGACGGGGCAUAUGGUAUGAAGAUGCUCAGAGACAGCGUGCGGAGGACUGCCGAUGUAGGACUACAACCCCGCGAUUUCCUCCCGCACGCGCGCCGGUGUGACGCUGAGCUGCACCGUUCGGCUCAACAACGAGAACUACUGCAUCAGGGAUAG